UGAAAAAAAUAAAUAAUACUCCACCAACUUGAUCAGCGAACGAAGAUACUCACCACAUCCAAACCCAACACACACCAACAGCACACUUGGUACAAUAUCUCAACGAGGACCAGAAACGGUCAUCAGAGAGACUCAAGGAUCAGGAUACCGAUCGACAGCUACCCAGAUGGCUUCCCGCAACAAACGAGUCAUGAAGGAGAUCCAGGACUGUCAACGUGAAUCGGCGUCAACCCAAAUCAACAUCAAAAUGGUUGGCGACGAUCUUUCGAACUUGCGUGGUCAGUUUCCUGGGCCUCCUAAUAGUCCUUACGAAGGUGGUACUUUCGAAGUGGCUAUUGAGGUCCCGCCGAGAUAUCCGUUCGAGCCGUUAAAGAUGAAGUUUGUCACCAAGGUUUAUCAUCCAAAUGUGUCCUCUCAAUCCGGAGCGAUCUGUCUCGAUAUCCUCAAGGACGCUUGGUCCCCCGUCCUGACCCUCAAAACUACCCUCGUCAGCCUCCAGAGUCUUUUGUGUAGUCCUGAACCUAACGACCCUCAAGAUGCUGAGGUCGCUAAGGUCUAUUUAUCGGAUCGAUCUGUUUAUGAGAGAACGGCGCGUUAUUGGACGGAAAUGUAUGCGUCAGGAGGAACGAAGAAGCCGAGUGGGUCAACGGCGAGCGAGCACCGACCGACGACGUCUACGCCGAGCCAAUCGACAGCAGCAGCAGCGGCGGUAGCAGCAAUAGGAGGAGGCGGAGGAGGGACAUCGAAGAGCACGACCUCGACGGGCCAACAACAAGGCUCGACGCGUCUCAAAUCUUCUGCGCCAUCGGAGAUCGCGGGCCGAUCCUUAUCCAACGAAGUUGAGGAACAGAUCGUCACCUUCGGCUUGGAUCGUCCAACCGUCAAUCGGUUUCAGGCGAUGGGCUUCGCCCCCGAUCUCGUCAUCAAAACUCUCAUCGAACUCAAGUUUCAACCCCCCUAUUCUAAUAACUUUUCUUCUCAAAUCCCUGAUGAUGAACUCUUGGAAGCUUUGUUGUUGGCUCAAUAAUCCAUUCUCCUAUUUUUUUUUCUUUUUGAUCUUUGAUUUUGUAUCUCCUUCUCUUCUAUCACUUUUUCUCUCUUUAUAUAUAUAUGAAUUAACAACCAACUCAAACUCAGCUUACACUCUACAUCUAUAUAUGUUAUUACUCUUUAUUUAACAAUCAUAAGAAGAAGAAGAUGAUGAUGAAUAUAUCUAUAUAUGUAUGUCCAAUAACAAUUAUUUUCACCCAGA